CCAAAGUCCAAAAACAAAAAAAACACUAUCAGUCACAAAUGUCAGUUCUUUACUGUCAAAAAUUAAUUGGAAUUUUGAUUUAUCUUAUCGUGAUUAGCAUUAAAUCGAAAUGAAUUUAAUUUAAUCGUGGAGUGGAAAUCAGAGAACAAAAUGGAGAUAACUGUGGAAAGCCUACCGCUGCUGGGGGUCUGCAACCUGUGCUUGAACGAGGGGGCUGUGAAGAGUAUGCUUCCUUGCAGUUCGGCCGAUGCUCCGUCUUACGCGGAUAUAUUGUUAAAAUGUUUCAGCAUAGACAUAAGCCUGAUGGAGCUGGGCGAUACAAAGCAACUGGUGUGCGACUUGUGUGCCACUCGGUUAUUGGAGAGCAUGACCUUCAAGGACCAGGCUUUGCACUCUCUCCGCAGUCUUGAAGACUCUGCCAAGAUGUUCAAUGUGAAGAAAGAGAGCGUUGACUUUAUCGACGACGCCGGCAGCCCUGCGGACUUCGACAUCGACCCAGAUGAUGAUGAUGAUGAUGACGACAAAGGUAACAUGUCUUAUUUCAUUCCAGCAUUAUCAGUCAUUGUCAAAAAGGAGCCGACCACAGAAGUGUUCAAGCCGAGAAAAACCAGAAAAAAAUGCAUCACCAUCACCUUAAAGAAGCCCAAAGACUUCAAAGACAUCUCCGACACUGACACCAUGCUCUCACAAGGUCUGUUCCCGUUUAAAAUACGAAAAAACAGGCUGUUUGCCUGCGCCUUAUGUCCUGAAACACUCUCCAAACUCGAGGAUAUGAAGAAACAUGUAUCACAACAUAAUAGGAAAAAUAUACAUAUCGCUUUCAAGAAAAUGAUGUUCUCAAAUUCACAGAGGUUCUAUAAAAGCUCGACUCAGUUACGGUGCAAAAUUUGCACGACAGACUUGAAUAACUUCGAUGAGUUGAAUGCACAUGUUGAAAAUUGUACUAGACUUAAAUAUACCAAUGGUAAGUGGAGUAACUUACCGUUCAAACUAGAAAAGGAUCAACUAGACUGUCCUGUUUGUAAGAAAACUUUUCUAAAUUUUGUAAGUCUGAAUACUCAUAUGAAUAUACAUUACCCGAAUUAUAUAUGUGAGAAUUGUGGGAAGGCAUUCGCUUCCAAAGCGAGGUUAAGAGGACAUAUGAGGACGCAUGAAGUCGGUGAAUUUGCUUGUAAGUAUUGUGAUGCUGUCUUCGACAGAGUCACUAAGCGAGAAAACCAUGUGUCGAAGGAACAUAAGGCCGGAGUGCGGUACGCUUGCAAACGUUGCAAUAUAUCUUUAACAUCGUUCUACGCUCGACAGAAGCAUUUAGCUGAGAUUCACAACGAAGAGCUGAAGCGGUAUAAGUGUAAAGCAUGUCCACAAAGCUAUAUCACUCCGGGACACUUGUCGAGCCAUGUCCGGAGAGAUCAUUUAAACGAACGGAACCAUAAGUGUGAUAAGUGCGACUUAGCUUUCUAUACUAAGAACGCUUUGAAAAUGCAUAUGAUAAAACAUGACGGUGAAAGAAUCCAUGUGUGUCAUAUAUGUCAGAAAUCUUAUCAAAGGAAGAAAACGCUUAGAGAGCAUAUGAGGAUUCACACGAAUGACAAGAGGUUUAUUUGUCCGGUGUGUGGGAGGGCCUUUACGCAGAAGUGCACGUUGAAGGGGCAUCUGAAAGUGCAUGAGAGGAAAGUGGAAAUAGAUGAGAAGAUUGUGCAGCCCUUGCACUCUAUUUAAAUGGCUGAAAGACCCUAAUUAAGUGUUUGAGGUAA